CGGCCGGCCGGCCUGCGCCGCCUGCCAGGGAGGCGGAAGCGGCGGCGGCGGCGGCCGCGGGAGGGUGGAGCCUACCGGGCGGAGCGUGCGCGCUCACGUCUGCGCGCGAGCGGCGUCGCCGUCACAAAAGGAAGCGGCGGCGGCGGCGGCGGCGGCGGCGUUGAGGGCGCCGCCGGUGGGAAGCAAAGCGGGCCCGGGGUGCGCGACUGCCUCGCUCGGUGGCGCAGGCCGCGCUCGUUGCCUUUCCCCCUCCCCGCCCCUUCUCGGGCCCCGCGGCGCCGGUGGGCUCGCCCAGGGCCGCCCCGCACGGAGCAGGAGGAUCGCGGCGGCGGCGGCGGGCGGGCCGGGCGGCCUAGCCCGGCCUGGCCCGCCGCGGCCCGUCCCGUCCCGUCCUGAGCGGCGCCCGCCUCGCCGUCCCCCGCCGCCUCGUCCUCCGCCAUGGCGCAGCAGCAGGUGAGCAGCUCACAGAAGGCGCUGAUGCUGGAGCUGAAGGGGCUGCAGGAGGAGCCGGUGGAGGGCUUCCGCAUCACUCUGGUCGACGAGUCCGACCUGUACAACUGGGAGGUGGCCAUCUUCGGGCCGCCCAACACGCUCUACGAGGGCGGCUACUUCAAGGCUCAUAUUAAAUUUCCUAUGGAUUACCCAUAUUCACCACCUACCUUCAGAUUUCUGACCAAAAUGUGGCAUCCGAACAUUUAUGAGAAUGGGGAUGUAUGUAUUUCAAUUCUUCACCCACCUGUAGAUGAUCCUCAAAGUGGAGAAUUGCCAUCGGAACGGUGGAACCCAACCCAGAAUGUCAGGACUAUCCUGCUGAGUGUAAUCUCCUUGCUUAAUGAGCCCAACACAUUCUCUCCGGCAAAUGUGGACGCCUCCGUUAUGUUCAGGAAAUGGAGAGACAGCAAAGGGAAAGACAAAGAAUAUGCGGAAAUCAUCCGGAAACAAGUGCAGGCCACCAAGGCGGAAGCGGAGAAGGACGGUGUGAAGGUGCCCACCACGCUGGCCGAGUACUGCAUCAAAACUAAAGUGCCUUCCAACGACAGCAGCUCCGACUUGCUUUAUGACGACCUGUACGACGACGACAUUGACGACGAGGACGAGGAGGAGGAGGAGGAAGACGCCGAUUGUUACGACGACGAUGAUUCCGGCAACGAGGAGUCGUGACCUGUCCCCUCUGGCCCUCCCUUCCACCCCACACACACCCCCCCCAAACACCACCCCGUAUUGUACUGCCCCGCCGGUUUUGCCAGAGGGGGGGGAGGGCACAGCAGUAAAUCCAAUGACCGUUCAGCAAAAAAGAAGAAGAAGAAGAAAAAGAGAUAUAUACCUACAAGGGGGGGCAGGGGGGGAGGAAGAAGACCCCAUGCAAAACGUGCGUUUCCUGCUUUCUCUUCUCGUACGGAGUCUCGAUUUGGUUCCUCCCCCCCCCAAACUUCCUUGUUCUUUGGCCUCCCUAGCGAGAAAGACCUGCGGUGGAUGAUCUUGGUGGAUGAUCUUGGAUCGCACCUCCUCUCCCGUCCCAUCACUGUGUUUUUGAUUCCCUCCCCUCUCCCCCCCCAUUUUUUUUUAAAGACAGUACCCUCCCCCUGCUCCCCCUCCCUUCCCCUCUUCCGGAGAGUUCACAGCACAGCAAAACAGGCUUGCUCUGUUGUUUAGGUUCUCGAAUUAAACCCAAUCUUUCAUCAAGAGGUUUGGAUGUAUUUUAACGCCCGGCAGAGACCGUGGAGAAGGGGGGAAAAUGCUCCCCGCGAGCUGUGUAGAGUCCCCCCCCCCCCGCUUCCUUCCUUCCGGAGGCUUCUUUGCUGCUCCUUCUAUGCGCACUUGUUUAGCCUCGUGGUGGUUCUGCUGCUGGUUGUUUUUGGUUUUUUUUUU